UUUUCUCUAAGUCGAAAAUUUGAUCUGUUGAUUUGUUUAUAUCGACAUUUCGCCUUAAAAAUGAUCUAUAGAAUGGUAUACCCCUUGGUUUUAAACCUUUUGAUGUCUUUAAUUACAUUCAUAAUAGCAAUGAAAGUCAUUCCGCGAGUGAAAAUGCUUUUUGCUUUUGCUGGAUUGGCUGGGAAAGAUAUGAACAAGAAGGACAACAAGGACCCUAUCCCUGAGGGUCUGGGUGCAGUUGGCGGUGCUCUCUUUCUUAUUUGUAUGUUCCUGUUCAUCCCGCUACCCUUUCUUUCUAUCUGGCUUGAGAAAGGAGACUUUGACUUUCCACACCAUGAGUUUGUGAUGUUCAUUGCUGCACUGCUGUCUAUAUGCUGUAUGAUCUUCCUGGGCUUUGCCGAUGAUGUCUUAGACCUGAAAUGGCGGGACAAACUCAUCCUCCCCACAAUGGCAUCCUUACCCCUCCUCAUGGUCUACUUCGUGAAUAUCGGCAUUACCACAAUCAUUGUACCUAAACCUGUCAGGUUUAUAUUUGGAUUUGACCUUGAUCUCGGAAUACUGUACUAUGUGUACAUGGGCAUGCUUGCCGUCUUUUGCACAAAUGCAAUCAACAUCCUGGCGGGAAUUAAUGGUGUAGAGGCUGGACAGUCAUUAAUAAUAGCCAUGUCUAUUGUGCUGUUCAACUUACUGGAGCUGCAGGGAACAUGUUGUUGGCAAAACCAUCUUUUCUCUUUGUACUUCAUGCUUCCUUUUAUAGCAGUAUGUUCUGCAUUGUUGUAUUACAACUGGUACCCCUCUAGUAUCUUUGUGGGAGAUACUUUCUGCUACUUUGCUGGCAUGGCAUUCGCUGUUGUUGGGAUCCUCGGCCACUUCAGCAAAACAAUGCUUCUCUUCUUUAUCCCACAAGUAUUCAAUUUCGUCUUCUCAUUGCCUCAGCUAUUCAAAUUUGUACCCUGCCCAAGACACAGAUUACCAAGGUUAAAUCCAGAGACUGGUAAGCUUGGCAUGAGCUACUCAGCACCAUUCAAGACCCAAGACCUUAACCCUAUCGGCAGACUUGUCAUCACGGUAUUCGGCCUACUCAGACUGAUCCAUGUCGAGCAUGGCAUAGGAGAAGACAAGAAGUACACCAGAGUCAGUAACUUUACUAUCAUUAACCUGCUGAUAAAGUUGUUAGGUCCUACGCAUGAGAAGAUGCUGGUGUAUAUCAUACUGGGUAUACAGCUGGUUGGUAGCUGCACAGCUUUCAUCAUUAGAUACCAUUUGGUGAGACUAUUCUAUGAUGUGGAGGAACACCAUGCAAAAUGAUAAUGUUGAACUGUAUUUUUAGUAUAAAUCAGUAUAAUACCAUCCAAACAUAAAAUGCCCAUCUAAUAAAUGGGAAACAAACCCUAUACAGGAUGUCUACUGGCAGGUUCGUAGCAGAUGGUGCACUCGGCACACGUGCCCCCCAGUAUUUUAAAAUUAUAUUUUAUUAUAAUUAUAAGGAAAUGUCCAGUAUGGGUGUGGCUGUGCCCCCCUCCCCCCAAUAGCUCAGACAGGGGAUGGCCACUAGGGGCGUGACCAUGCUUAUUAAUUCUGAGUAUUGUUUAUUAGGAUAAUGACAACAGAUCCUGUCAAGUGUUGGGAAGGUUCAGCUAGACAGGUUCUAAUAUUUCAUGACCUGAUCUAAAAUGUUUUUCUUUACAACGAAAGAGCACAUUUUUGUUGUUUGGAUGGCAUUGUGGCAAGAUCUUUUUCAAGGAUACAAUGAAUUGAGUUUUUAGUGUUUGAGCAAUGAGCAAAAAGGUGAUCACCUAAAAUAUAUUGGUGUGAAAGCAAUAUAUAAAAAAUUAAAAUGUGUAUCAUAUUUUAGUAAGUAUGUAGAAGCAAUAAUACAUUCUUUGUAUUUUACAGUCUUGCAGCUAAAAUCAAGAGUAAUUUAUGGAUUUCAGUAAUUAUCUAACAAAUUGUUGUAUAAUAAAAAAAUAGAUAUCAUGGAAAA